GCGCCUUCCAGGGUGCUGGUGGCAAAGAGGGAGCUUCAAGUCCUGUUUCCCCGACAUCCAUCUCCUCCGCCAUUUGCGCACUCGAACCACAUAAUGGCGCGUCUCGACGAGAUGCGGUUUGAUCCGUCUCGCCUGAACAAGGCGAGCGCGGCAGACUACUCGUCCUCCGAGUCUGACGGCGACGAGGAAGACGAGUACCUCAUGCCCUCGCGCAAUCCGCACGACAGUGAAUUCGCCGACUACAACCCCCGCAAACGCCGCCGGACCGGUCGAGAUCCAAAGGAAAGUGCGGCGCUGGGAAUAUUUGGCUCUGAGAGCGAAGAUGACGGCACAAGCCACAAAUGGAAGCACAAGAGCCUGCGCAACAAGGGAGUCAGUUUCGUCUCUUCGGCCAAGGUUGAAGCGGACUCCGAUGAAGAGGACGACGAGGAUAAGGAGGACAAGGGAGCAGUUCAAGAGGAAUAUAAGGAAUACGACGAUGCCAAUCCAGGCGCCGUACCGCCUGCCGCCGAGGAUGACGAAGACGAAGAUGAAGAGAUGAGCGGCGUAGGUCUGGGCUUCAAGGGCGCGUCUGCAGCAGCAGGCCGAGGUUUGGGCUGGACACCGCCUACGCACCAAUCGAUGCCUUUGAAGCGAAAACAAAACGCACCACAGGCGUUCGUCAAGUCAAAGAUUGACAGCGCAAAUCCUCUCGGGAGCGGCUUUACGCCGACAUCCGCGCGAGGGCCAACGCUUUUGGUCAAGGAUGAUGAACCGGCUACGCCCCGCUCCGCGAUGCCGAGCGCUUUCAAGCAAACGAAGAGCGGCCAGACCAAGAUCAACACAAAGUCAUUCGGGGCCCGCAUGAUGGCCAAGAUGGGCUACGUCGAGGGAAAGGGUCUCGGAAAGGAAGGCCAAGGGCGCAACGUCAUUAUCGAGGCAAACCUACGCCCGCAGAAGGUGGGACUGGGUGCUGUCAAGGAGAAAACCGAGCAGGAGAGGCUGGAGGAGAAGCGGCAAGCCCGCCUUCGUGGAGAGGAAGUCAUUGACUCGGAAGAGGAGGAGAGGAAAAAGAAGGCAGCGCGCAGGAAGAAGGCUCUCCCUGGCGGUAUCGGCAGCGGGACCGGCAGCGGCGGCAGCACGCCGCGACGCCAGAAGCCAAAGUACCUCACCAUGGACGAAAUCAAGAAGGCUGCCCCUGGUCUCAACAUCCCCGAUGCCUUCAUGCCCAUCCUCGACAUGACCGGCCCCGGGAAGAAGCUGCUCACCUCAUCGUCUGGCUUGAUGACCCCGACCGGAGGUGUCGCUCCUUCCGAGUCUGCAGAAGCUGCCGAAACUCGAAAGCUCGUCAAGCGUGCGCAGAACGACUUCAUGGCGAUUCUGGAGGAGUGGCAGAGUCUCCAGGAGCGCAAAGCGUACCUGGACCUGCAGCUCAAGCAAGAACAGCAGGAGCUGGAGGAGCUCUCGGUGAGCCUGCAGGGAAACAGAUCCGUCACGGCGGCAUGUGAAGCAGCGUUCAAACCGACCGAGAGCGGUAAGGCGGACAGGAAAGCAGACUUGAGUUACAGGCUAGGCCGGACCAUCUCUGGCCUCGAAGAUGCCAGCAGCUCCCUGUCGGACUCCAUGCUCCCCCAAAUCAAGGAGGAGCUCACUUCUUUGGCCGUUGCCGCGAUCCACCCCCUAUUCAACCAAUACCGUCAGCUUUGGGAACCCCUGGAAGAACCCCAGCCGGCGUUUGUCGACGGACUCAACUCCAUCCGAAACCUGUUGGGCCUCGACCACCAAACCAAAAGGACGUACCGCAAACCAACCGCUACCCCGUACGAAACAAUGAUGUACGAACAAUGGCUACGAACUGUCACGGCCGCCGUCCGCGAAUGGAACGUCCGCGACCCAGACCAACUCAUCGCCGUGCUCGAUGCCUGGGAUCCCCUCCUCCCGACCUUUGUCCGCACCCAGCUCCUCAACGACAUCAUCCGCAAGCUUGAAGAAGCGCUCCAGAAAUGGCAGCCCAAAAAGCACACCCACAACCUACCGCACCGCUGGAUCUUCCCCUGGCUGCCCCACCUCCCCGCAGCCCAUCUCGACCCCCGCAGCUCCACCGGCCUCGUUGCCGACGUCCGCCGCAAGUUUCGCCAGCUGAUCGACGCCUGGGAUUUCAAGCGCGGCGUCAUCCCGGGCCUGAAACCGUGGAAAGACGUCCUCCGCCCGGCGGCCACCGCCACCCACGCGGCCCGCGACAUGUGGUCGCCCCUGGUCAUGAACCACGUCCUCCCCGGCAUGGCGCGCUUCCUACGCGCUCACUUCCGCGUCGAUCCUCAGGACCAGGAGCCGUACCUGGGCGUGCUCGACAAGACGUUUGAGUGGCUCGAUGUGGUUCGCCCGAGCAUGCUCGGCGAGGUCAUCGUAGCGGAGGUGUUUCCCCUGUGGCACGAAAGGUUGUACCAGUGGCUGAUAAUGGAGGAGGCGGACUACGAGGAGAUCGGGCAGUGGUUUCAGUGGUGGGAGGCUGAGGUGUUCCCCGAGGUGAUCAGGGAGUUGCCGUCUGUCGCGGCCGAGUUUGAGAAGGGCACGGCCAUGAUUGAGAGGGCGUUGGAUCUGGGUGAUCGGGUCAGGUGUGAGUUGGAGCCGCCUGAGAAGGGACCGGCGUUGAAGACGGCCACGAGGGAGGAGAGGAAGACGAAGAAGAGGGAGGAGGCGCCCGUGCCGGUGGUGCAGGAGCAGAAAAUGCCCGAGGAGGUCUCGUUCAGGCAGGUCGUUGAGGAGUUGUGUCAGCAGCAUGAUCUGCAGUUCAUGCCGGAGAGGAACAAGGUGCAUGCGGAGGGUCCGUUGUAUAGGAUCUCGGGGCUGGGUUCCAAGAAGGGCGUUCUAGUCUACUUCAAGGGCAACAGUUUGUUUGCUCAGGUGAAGGGUCGAGACCCGGUUGAGAUCAAGAGGGACGAUGAGGAUGUAUUGGGAACGUUGAUAGAGUUGGUACUUUCCUAGUUGGGCUUGGUUGGGGCCCUGGGGAACGUACUGAGUCCUCAAUGAGAACGAUCGACGCAGAGGUUAUGAUACACUUCUGCCGCAGCAGUGUGCACUUCAGCAUCGACAUGUCGGCAAACACAAAAGUAUGGGAACGAACAUCGCCGCUGAGGCCCCAAGUAAUGAGUACAAUCCAGCGU